AUGGGUCUUCUUACGCUUGUCGAAGACCGACCAACGCCCCCAGUUGUGUACAACUGGCGAGUUUAUGUCCUCGCCCUCGUGGCAUCAUGUGGCUCCAAUAUGAUUGGUUACACGAGUGCCUUCAUUGGUACCACAAUCACACUCGAUUCCUUUCAGAAGGAGUUUGGCAUUGAUCAAAAAACUACCGAGCAACGCAACCUGAUCAGCGAAAACAUAGUCUCACUUUUCAUUGCUGGUGCCUUCUUCGGCGCCCUUCUUACCUACAUUCUUAGCCACUGGAUCGGUCGCAAGUGGUGUCUAGCCAUUGCUUCAGCCACCUUUACUUUGGGAGCUGGCCUUCAAUGCGGUGCCGAUGGAGGCCGUGGCCUUGGUAUCCUAUAUGCGGGACGUGUGCUGUCGGGUCUGGGCACCGGUAUUGCCUCGAACAUUAUCCCCAUUUACCUUUCCGAGCUUGCGCCGCCAGCUAUCAGAGGACGGCUCGUGGGUUUGUACGAGCUUGGGUGGCAGAUUGGUGGCUUGGUAGGCUUUUGGAUCAACUACGGCGUCGAAAAACACCUCCCCGAAAGCAAUAAACAAUGGAUCAUUCCUUUUGCCAUCCAGAUAAUUCCGUCAGGGUUACUCUUUGUUGGGUCCGUGUGGAUCCGAGAAUCUCCUCGCUGGCUUUUCCUUCAUGAUUUCCGCAAGCAAGCCAUGGACAACCUCUGCUGGAUCAGACAACUAUCUCCUACCGACAUUUACAUCACCGAGGAGGUGACAGCUAUCGACCAGGCUCUUGAAGCCCAGAAGGCAGUCGGCGGCGUUGGCUUAUGGAAGCCCUUCCAGGCCCUGGGUCAGCGCCCGAACAUGAUGUGGCGUCUCUUUUUGGGUUGCAUGCUCUUCUUCUGGCAGAACGGCUCGGGUAUCAACGCCAUCAACUACUAUUCGCCUACCAUAUUCUCUAGCAUUGGCGUUCAGCCCGACACUGUGAACGUCAUGACUGGCAUCUUCGGUGUCAUCAAGGCAGUCAUGACUUUUGUGUGGCUACUUUUCCUCGUUGACCAGCUUGGAAGAAGGAAGUUGUUGCUCAUUGGUGGUAUCACUGGUUCGAUUUGCAUGUGGGUUAUUGGUGCUUAUAUCUACGUCGUCGAACCCACCAAGCAUCCUCAGGAGACCUUGACUGGUAGCGGUAUUGCUGCCAUCUUCUUUUUCUACAUGUGGACCGCUGUGUAUACCCCGACCUGGAACGGUACUCCAUGGGUCAUCAACUCUGAAUUCUUUGAUCCAAGCUUCCGCUCACUGGCCCAGGCCUUCACGACUGCAAGCAACUGGCUGUUUAACUUUCUGGUAUCAAGAUUCACCGAACAGAUGUUUGCUGGUAUGGGGUAUGGCGUCUACAUGUUCUUUGCGUCGCUGUCGUUCCUUGCCUUCUUGUUUGCCUUUUUCCUUAUUCCCGAAACAAGUGGCAUUCCUCUUGAGAAGAUCGACCGGCUGUUUGAGCUGAAGCCGGUAUGGAAAGCGGACAAGAUACUCAAGGCCCAACUCAAAGAGGAGGAAGAACAGUUUCGUCACAACGUCAAGGAGGACCUGGUUUACUAUGAAAAUCGGGAUGACUCCUCUAAUACGUGUUAG